UGACUUUCGCCGAGAAGUUGUCAAAACGUGGCGCGAUAAAACCAACCUCAACCAUUAUCUGCAGACCAAUUUGUCAUACCUAAAGAGACUUGGACGUACAUGUUGCCAAAGCAUUCUAUUUUCACCUUUAUUAACGGGGAUAAAUAUUUGUAGGGAUCUUAAUACUUUUAAUCAAAAGCUCUGAACGGCCGUCUGAACUGUGACUCUCUUUCCCACCCACCAAACGUAGACCGCGCACAGACUCACAAUCACUAAACCCAAUAACAUAACUUUCGGACCAGCAAAGACCGAAAACACAAGAGUAACAAGUUAGAAGCCGAGUGACAGGAUGCAGCAGGAGUUCGUGAUAAAGUUAAGAUAUGUGUUAUUGGCCGGAUUGUUUGCCGUCACACUUGCCUUUGAAGACUCAAGAAUAGCGGAUGCAUUAAGGCAACACAAAGAACUCACAGCUAAAAGAUCAGAAAUAGGAAAUGUCAAAGCAGUUCUGAGCGAAAUAGAUGAUGAUUUGGAAAACGUCCAGAAACGUUGGAGUACUCGGUGCAGCAUUGGUGCUGGUAUGCCUGCUUACGACUGCCGCGUGGAUCAAGUGACGGAUAAUGAAAUGACCAAAGACUGGCUUGAUAAUAGCGACUUUAGUCCUGGAAAGCGGUCCUCCCCAGUUGCAAAGCCUGCCAAUGAGAUACUCAAAGAUCUGGCAAGAAAAAGGGCUGCAUUGCAAUUCCUGAAGAAACUUCUUAUGGAUGAGAACGAGCGAAACGGACAAGUAAUAAAGCGUAAUUGCCUAGUUAACCUUGGAGGACACUGCGCCACUGAGACAGCCGCUGCCAUCGCCGACAUGUACCACUACUUGAACAGCGCUGAGAGCCCUGGCAGGAAGAAACGAUCAGCAAGCAACCUACUGAGGAAGGCACUCAGAAAGAACUAAAAGGAUCAAAUCAGGAACCGAGGUGCAAACGCACAUUCGGCCAUGACCUUUACUGCGGGAUUCCACACAGACCCGGAUGUAACGGAGGUGCUUGAUUCAUUAGAAAUAGCAAACGACAAAAUCGGAUUCCGGCGCCGUGAAAAAUUUUGCCGUUGACGCAACAUUUUUCGACUGCAAAGAUAUUUUGGACAGUGUUUAUUUCUGUUUGACCGGUUCAAGUUCUUUCCAUACCAAUAGUGUUUUUCACUACUCCGGCUUGAUGCUGACCUAGAUGUAGUGCAUCACUGCUCAGUUAGGAUACUUGUACGGUACAUACAUUGUGGGGGGACCUGUUUCAUGUACUUUUUAGUCGGUGCAUCCACUGAGCAUAUUGAAAUCGUACAUCGUUGAAUUCUACCGUAGUGUAGACAGACAAUCUGAAGAAAUGCACCAAGGCCACUCUGUUUUGCCAUCGUGUCAAGAUCAUUUUCUUGUCAAUUGAAAACGUUUGAGGCUACCCGGAAGACGACUCCAUUACGUACUUAGGCUCGUCGACAUUGCAGCUUGGUACGCAUUAUACACAGCCAUUUCAUUGACUUCAGGGCCUGCUUGCAAAAAGUUUGUACUAGAAUCAAGUCAUCCGGCUUUCAAGUAGCCAAUCCAGUUUCCUGUUAACCGUUGCAGAACAAAAUCAAAUUGGCUUUCACCAAACUGCUUUCACGGAAGAAUGCACUCUUUUCAUAUUACUGAUAAGCGAGCGAAGCCUUUACCCCCCCCCCCCUCCCCGAGCGGCCGGAACCAUUUUCAUAUCAACAUAGAACUACAACGAGUUGAUUAACUCUGAACAUAACGACGAAAAUAACACUGACCAACGGUUAUCAUCAUGGUUCAUUGCACUGUAAAUUGGAAAGAUGGCGAUAUGAUUCAUAAAAAAAAUCCUCCCCGAUCCGAUAAGAAAACACAUACCAGUAUGGGUUUUGAUUUGUAAAAAGGAUAUGCGAGAUAGAGAAUAUAGAUUUGAUUAAAGUA